AUCAGUAAAAUGUGUUCCGAAUUGGCCUAGAUAUGGCGACAUGAGCACAUGCUCUGACUUUAUGAAUAGAGUGAAAGUAGCAGUAACCCGUUAGCCAAAUUUUAUCUUCCAUUGGACAUAUUUCAUCCCAUUUUUGAAGUAUUCAACUUAUUUUGUAAAAUUGGAUGUAUUUCAUGGAUUUCUGUUAGGUUAUUCAGAAAUGAUUAAAAAUGUCUUUUCCAUGACGUCACACUUUGCCCGAAAUGCAUGCUGGUCCCACUGGCGGGGAAAACAAAUCAGUAAUCAGUCCUCAAAAAGUCAGUUGUCGAGGCGUAAAAAGUCGAGGAUUCGCUGAUGGAGGUCAGUAAUUUAAAGAGGAAAGAACUGCAGAAGCUGUGCAAGACAUACAAGCUCAAAGCAACCGGUAAAAAUACUGAGCUGAUUGAGCGUCUUCAAGAGCACUUUGAAUCAUUGCCAAGUGGAAAAGACAACCAAGAACCUGGUGAUGCAGACAACGAAAUUCAAAAUCUUGCCCAAGCAGGCUCUACUUCUUCGCCUUCACAGAAAUCGAAAAUUGAAAAAGAAAAGGUAGUUAAAAAACAAAAUGCUUCUGGAAAGCAUGCAGUUAAGGAAAAGGCAAAUAAGAAAAAGAAACGGAAAGGAAAAAAUGAGCAUGAAAGUGACAGUGACAAUGCUUUGACCGACGGUAUUUCAGAUGAGAAGCACAAACAGUACAUCAAGGCAAAAAGUGCCUCAAACAGUAGUCAAGAGUCUGCUAGUCGAAUACAGUCGGUUGGCAGUGACAAUGUUUUCAUACCGGGGAAACUUGCGGUGUCUGCUGAUGACGUUGAAACAAACAUUGUAAGCCCUUCAUUGUCUCAAAGACUGUCUUCGACGGACGGUGCUAACAGUGAACUGAAAGUAGCAAUGAUCAGCCCCUUAGUCAGAGGCUCGCCUCGCUUAAAUUCAACCUCUUCAUUAGAUCACGCUGGGCAGUCAAGGUUGUUGGUGAACAACAGCCCGAGUGUCGUCGUCGAAGACUGCCAAAGAAAGCUGGGUAAAAGGCAGCAGGGCAGCUAUUCUUUAGAAGGGUCAGCUAAUAUUGACAAGAAUGACAGUGAAUGCUGUUAUGAUUUAGAUGACACCGUAAGCUACGAUGAAGACCACGGGAUAUCUGAUGCACCUGUUCGUAAAAGUCUUGGAAGAGAAAUUGAUGAAACUGUCAACGAUUCAGGAUGGUUAUUGAGGGGUAGCUGUUUAGAGGCUAAUUCGACUGUUAUAUAUUCCGACUGUGAUCAGGAUUCAGAGGCACACGAUGGAAGUUAUAAAGUAGUACAAAGCAGUAACCCAAACGAAACGUUUGAUGUAAAUCUGCAAGAUAGUACACUCGAGCUUGAAGAAUCAGGAAAUCCAAAUGACGAGGAUAUGCUAGGGGGAGGAGAAUACAUUAACGAGUGCUCUCAAGCGGUAAAAAGUGAUGACGUUCUAAACAGACGGCAAACACACGUUGUUGAGAAGGCUUGUAUCAAAAAUAACUUGCAAAACAUAGUGAAGGUUCAAGGGAACGAUAGGAGAAGAACAUUUCAGAUCACAAUGGUACAAAACAACACUGCUAAAAAAACAUCACCAGUCCCAUUCGUUAAAGAAUGCUCACAAGAAUCGUCUGAUGACAAUUCAUUUGUUAGUUGCAAAAGCACAGAAAGUGAAGAAGCAGAGAGCUCCUCAUUAUUUGCUGGAGGCAGCGAUGAUUCUUUCGGAAAUAGAGCGCCUGAUACUGCUCAGUAUACUGAAGCUGAUGCGGAGAUCGAGUAUGGUGGAGUGCAGAGCACCACUGAAAACGCCGUUUUCAAUAGGAAUUGUGGAGGAAAUAGAGACAGAAGAGGAACAUAUUUGAUAAGAAGCUCAGAAGAAACGGGACAAGAAAACUCGCCUGAAAUCAACCCAGCAACUGAUUCAACUAAGGAGAGCCUCAAAGUUGAGAGGUCCCUUGUUAAUCACUGUGUUUGUCAUGGAACUGUCCGACAGUCACGUGGGUGGAGAAGACUUGUGUUGAAAAGAGGUUUACCCACAAUACAGUUAACACAAACAAAUUUACAAAAACUGGUUCUGAAGCCAGCCGAAAAGCCCGUACCAAUUGGCUACAAAGACAACAUGAUUUGCGGUGAAUGCGUAGCUGAGAAUGACUCAAUAGCAAGCCAAGACAAGACUAUUGAUCGGAACCCUGAAAGGCCAGCAGUAAAGAAAGUACUCGGACAAGUGAAACUAAAUGGCGUUGCAAACAGAGGCUUGAGUGUAAGCUCUACAACUAUGAAACGAAAAUGGAAUGAAAAUCAUGCUUGUGAGUCAUCACCAGCAACGAAGAAGUCAAAGAAUAGCAAGACUGGUGCAGAAGGAGCCUCGUGUGGAUUACCGGCAAGUCCCGAAGUUAGGAGAGCAAGAGGGGAGAAGUCCAGACUACCUAGGCACCUCUUAGAGCCAUUCAAACCAAAAAGGGGCUCCCUAGAGAGGAAAGAGGAUUUGGCCUAUGCAAGGAAAGUUGAAGAAAUAAUGAUGUCAGUACAGCCUGGGUCUGAGGAGGAAAUGGCUCUUAUAAUGCAGAAAAAAUCAAGAAUUCCUGAAAGAUACAACACACCUGGCAACCAAAACAUAGUCAGGGACUAAUACGCAAAAUUUGAAUUAUUUGGGCAAUUUCUUGGUUUAUUGGUUCAACUUAAUUUAACUAAUUUAAGUAUAUUUUGUUGCAAUUCCAUAUUAAAAUUGCUGGAACCAAAAUAAUUUUUUUUAAAUAUUACAUAAUAUUUCUUUGUUAGAUUUGCAUAUUCAUAAAAUGAACACUAUUGGAUGUAACUGCCCAUAUCACUAUUUCAACUGGUCUGUUUUGAUUUGAUUUGAUUUUGUAAAUUUUUGUAGCUAAUGAAUCAGUAGUCAAGUAUUUGUAAAAUUUUGUACCUCUUCUUCCUUUGGUGAUAUCAUUUAAAAAGUAACAAAUUUGGUGGUUUGAUCCUUGAAUCUUUUGUGGUUUGAUCCCGAGUCUUGAUGGAGACAGUAGACUCCUGUUACAGUCACACAAAAUGUUGCUUGAAAAUUUGUUAUUGCAAACAGAGUGUGACUGUAAAUGGAGCUUAAUUUUGCAGAAUUUUGCAUAUUAGAUUCUUUACUUUAUUUGACUAUAACUAGCAGUGUGACUUUAAGCAAAGUGACUACAUUAAGUACCAAAAAAAUCCAGUGCCAAAAAUCUGGUGCCAGAAAUUUUUUGUACUUAAUGUUAUGCCGAGAGUCAUCUGUAUUCUGCAAUCAAGUGGUUUCAUUUUGCUUGCUAUUUCUAAAAAAUCUAAAAAAUUUAACUAGAUUCAGCAAUCUAGUUACCAAUCCAACACAUCAUCUGAAUCACUUCACACUGGCAAUCUUAUUUGCAAACUAAUGAAAAAAAAUUAGAUCAGGUUAUGUGGUUACCAUAUAUGAGGUUUGAGGUACAUUCCAGGGUUAAAAAUAAGUGUUUUAAUUUUUGUUACCCAAGACCCAAUCAGUUUUGCGGAUAUGCCAGCAAGGAAAUUGUAAAAAAUAAGCAGAAAGAUAGCAAAUCCCUAUGGAAUGUUGUAAUAUAAGAGGUAAUAUACUACAGAACAAAAAUUUGAAAAUAAAUUAACCGCAUUGGAGGGAAGAUGUGAGCUUGAUAGAUUUGGGAAAGGUUUUUCAUUUCAUGUCAAUUUACUUAAAACCAAGAGCCGAGAGUUGUAUUGAUUCUGCAACCUAAUGCUGCUCCUUCUGUGUAUUCAAUAAAGCAACAAUCAAAGUAGGAGGGACUUUUCCUGACCUUAACAGCACCUUCCAUAUCCCCAUUCAGCCACUUCCUCCUACUAUCAAUGGAUAUACAUUCAGUGGCUAACCAUUUUUGCCAGGAGGCAAAUGAUUUUACAGUAGUCAUGAAAUGAUCUUAAAAAACUGUCAGUGGUCAUUUGUCAUUGGUGUAGAUGUUAAAAACAUUUAAAGUUUGAAUGUUCAAUUCUCCAUUGUGUUGAAAUCAAAAGAAUAAAGAGAUUUUUGGACUUCAAGCCUGGACAUUGAACACAUAAAAUUUAAAUUUCAUUCUCCAUUUCCUACAAAAGGCAAGAGAAAAAAAUCAUCAAUAUUUAUCUUGAAAAUUUUAUCUAUAAAACAUUAUAUAUAUUACAUUGUGCUAUUUUUUCUAAAAAAAUUUAUGUUUGGUAUUACACUAUUGCUAUAUAUUACAUACUAUUAGUUUGUAGCUAUUUCUUAUGGUCCUUUCUUUUGUAAUGACCUACAAAAAUGCACAUUAAAUUAUGUAAUACACCUUGGGGAAAAAAGGCUUUGGACCUAAUUCCUUUAUGGUAAGUAUGCUUGAAUAGGUAGACCAUAUCAUUCAAUUAUUUGGUUGUUCAUUAUAGAAGUUUCUUCUGUCUAUAUUGGCAAGAAAAAUAAAUAAAUGUUGCUUUAAAUAAGAGGUGUUUAAAAUAGGUUUCAACAUCCUGGGGUUUGUGAGACCUUCUCACCUUGGGAUGUUUAAGAACAGAUUUUCAGUAAACAACAAAAUUCAUCAUAUUCAUUGUUUGUAAAUAUAAUAAAUAAAAAGUGUGCUCUUAGAUGUGAAGAUGAAAGGUCAUGUUUCUUCGUAAAUUCUUGAGAUCAAAAUUCACCACAGGCACAUUACAAAUAAUAUUAGCCUCUUUUUGAUAAUAGUAUUUUACAUUUCAAAUUUUGAACCCCCUCUAGGAAAACUAAAAGCUGGCCCUUAUGGUGCACAAAUACAUUAAUACAUGUUACAUUAUUCAUAAAUUUUUAUCUCAAAUAUUGGCAAAUUGUUGAUGAACAUAGUAAAAUAUUUAAGCCUAGAAUAUACUGUGUGCUGCCUACUUUCCCUUGCUUUUAGAAAACUCACGUAGAACUUUUUAAUAGAUUGAAAUGUUUAGCUUAUCAAAUACUUUGCCAAUGAAUGUUUACAACUUCCUGCAGGUUUAAAAUUCUUCCCGAGUCAUAAAAUCUAGGGAAUCUUUCUGCGCAUUAAAACAUUUCUUCUUUCUGGCCAAUACCCUAAGAAAAAAAUAUAAAAUCAUUUUGCAUCAGUUGAUUGCAUAAUAUUUGAGUUAGUCAAUAUGUAUAAAAAAACAAUUACAUAAAGACGAUAAAAUAAACACAAUUUCCAAGGACAUUUAUAUGAAAUGAGUCAUCUAUAUCAGCCUAAAACUUGAAGGCCUGAAUAAUUUACACUUGCUACAGAUGUGAGCAAAUUUUCACGAACCUAAUUAUUUUUAUCCAAAUACUAGCUUUGCGUAUAGCUGGCCUUACCAGCCUCGGAGAAAAAACGAAUCUAGGUAAGAUUGAAAUAAACAAAAGCAACUCCAUCACUUUUCGUGACUGGAUGUAGACUUAGGUAUAAAAAAGUAUUUUUUAUUUUUUAGUCCUUUGGCUUGGUACAAGAAAAACAAAGCUUUAAAUAAAUUUUACAUACCAUCGUCAUUCUAUUAUUCCCAAUUAUCAGUCCAAAAGCCACCAUCUCGAUAUGCUUGAGAAAUCUUUAUAGAUUUCUUUACCAUUAUCAGUUCUAAUGUGAAGCACAUAGCACUUCCAGACACUUUUCUUUGACAGGUUUUGUUCAUUAGUUCCUGUUGUUUACCCGCCAGGCCUUCAGCUUUUUUUGUGGCAUCAUAAGCGACAAAAAACUGUACCGCAGCUGCUGAAGUCAUGCUUUAUCUACAGAAAGAUCCUUAAAUCCUUUCUUCGGUUCAUUGGUUGUUUCUCCUGUAGCCAAAGCCCCUGGCAAAAUUUCCUUUCUUCACUGUCUGCAAAUUUUCUGUGCAGAUGAAGAUUACCCUUCGGGAAGCAUGAAGCCAAAGUCCACCGACCUCUACAAACAACAAUACCUGAAGCUGAUUGGUCGAGAAAGCCGUUGAAAUAACCAAUUGUUUUGUUUCUGAGGUGGUGAUAACCUUGGAGAGCAAGCUUGACACUUUGCAAGCCCUCUUUGGUCCAAUCAAAAGACCAAAGCAAGCAUUUCAUGAAAAAGUUCGAUCUUUAGGCCUUCGUGCUAUGACUGGUAGCCAUAGUCCAGAGAUGGACAACCUCAAGACCGAAAGCCAAUUUCUAGUGCAGGGCCCAUGCCAAAGGGGGGCUAGGGGUCAUCACCUGCCGAGUUUAAGGGGAAUCUAAGGACACUGGAUGAAAUAUUUAUCUUUGUUUUGCUCAACUUAUUUUUUGGGAACAACUAAAAAGAAACGCGAAAAACAUACAUGUACCAAAACUGAUAGUCUUAAGUCUUUUGCGUUGGGGGUACAACCUGAAGAGGCCAAUUUUAUACACAUGCCUGGAAGAGACAUUAAACUUGAAGGAUUUUUUAACUUUGAAUUUAGGA